CUAUUUUUCCUGUCCGUCCUUACGAUGACGCUUCUUUUGAAAAUGGGCCGCUUCUGGAACGGCGGCUGCCAAGGUUUCCCCCCAGGACCGAGACCGAUGCCUCUUAUUGGGAAUCUCCACCUCCUCGAUCCCAAGAGGCCUUACCGAACCAUGGCCCAGUUAUCCAAACAGUAUGGGCCUGUGUUCAGCCUUCAAGUGGGAUCCCAGAAAAUGGUAUUGCUGACAGGGUAUGAGACUGUAAAGGAGGCUUUGGUGAACCAGGCCGAGGCUUUUGCUGAGAGGCCCUUCUUCCAAGUGCUUGAAGAAAUUGUGAAGGGUCACGGCAUUCUUCUUGCACACGGUGAGAACUGGAGAGUGAUGCGGCGGUUUACGAUAGCCACCUUACGGGACUACGGAGUGGGCAAGAAGACCAUUGAGGACAGGAUUAUUGAGGAGUGUGGUUUCCUGAUAAAGAGAUUUGAAUCUUAUGAAGGAAAACCAUUUGAGAACACCGCAAUUAUGAAUGCUGCCGUUGCCAAUAUUAUAGUAUCGAUACUAUUUGGUAAACGAUUUGAAUAUGAAGAUCCCAUGUUUCUAAGACUGCUGAGCUUGUUCAGUGAAAGUGACCAGCUUUUGGGGAGUCCUUCAGUCCUGUUGCAUAUCAUGUUCCCUGCCCUGGGCUUCCUUUUUGGGGGUUCCAAGAUUAUCAUGAAAAACAAAACUGAAGUGCAGGACUUCAUCCAGACCGCCUUCCUAGAACGCCUUCAGGAAUUGGAUGCAAAUGACCAGAGAACCUUCAUCGAUUCAUUCCUUAUCCGGCAGCAGGAGGAGGGUAAGACUGAUGGGUUUUUCAACAAUGAAAACCUGAAGGAACUGGUGGGCAACUUGUUCGCUGCCGGCACAGAGACCACUUCCACGGCGCUACGCUGGGGCCUCCUGCUGCUGAUGAAGUACCCUGAAAUUCAGCACAAAGUCCAAGAAGAAAUUGCACGGGUGAUUGGGUCUGCUCAGCCACGGACAGAACACCGUGCAAAAAUGCCAUAUGUGGAUGCAGUAAUCCAUGAAGUUCAGAGGUUUGCUAUUGCCCCUACAAGCUUGCCACGCGCAACCACUGUGGACGUCACUUUUAAAGGCUACUUCAUUCCCAAGGGAACUUGCAUCCUCCCAUUACUGUCCACUGUGCUGCAAGAUGAAACUCAGUGGGAGAAACCACAUCAGUUCUACCCUGAGCACUUUCUGGACUCGGAUGGAAAGUUUGUGAAGAGAGACGCAUUCAUGCCUUUCUCUGCAGGUCGGAGAAUGUGUGCAGGAGAAACCCUGGCCAAAACGGAGCUCUUCUUGUUCUUUACAAGUCUCCUGCAGAGAUUCACUUUCCAACCUGCCCCUGGAACGUCUAAAGAAGACCUGGACUUGACACCCUUGGUUGGGUUGACAGCGCCUCCAGUACCUUACCAGUGCUGCGCUUUGUCACGUUCUUAACAUUCACCUUCCUGUCUUGCUCAGCGCCUCUGUGUGCCUCCUCCAUCCUUUCUGCACCUUCUUGCCUGCUAAAGACCUUUCAGGGCAAAUAGCCCGAGACGAAUUGGCUCACAGGAUUGGAUCCACCCUGAGCCUGCUACACGAGGAGAGUGGGAUAUAAAUCGAAUUAAUAAAUAAAAUAAAUAA